AUCAAAUAAUUCAACAACGAAGGUAUUUUUAUUUUUUAAAAAUCAGAUAACGUUUUAUAGUCGCUGCCUGUGUUAUUUUCGUUCCGGGGACGCUGUCAGUAUUAAAUGUGUCACUCGGGAGUUUUUCUGUAAAAGAUGGCGGACUGCGUGUCAAAGGUGGAGCUGAGCGUGUCCUGCAAGGACCUGCUGGACAAAGACGUGGGCUCCAAGUCGGACCCUCUGUGUGUUCUCCUGCAGCGCUCAGGGAAAGACGCCUGGACCGAGCUGGGCCGCACAGAACGUCUGAAGAACUCUUCCAGCCCGUCCUUCAGUCAGCGCCUCAGACUGGACUACACCUUUGAGACGGUCCAGAACCUCAAACUGGGGGUCUACGACAUCGACAACAGCUCCCCGGACCUGGGGGAUGACGACUACCUUGGAGGGGUGGAGCUCACUCUCGGACAGAUUGUAUCCAGUAAAACUGUGACCAGACCACUGCAGCUGAAAAAAGGGAAACCUGCUGGCAAAGGAAGUAUCACAAUCACAGCGGAGGAGAUCAAGGACAACCGAGCCAUCACUCUGGAGCUGGAGGCCAAGAAUCUGGACAAGAAGGACACAUUUGGAAAGUCUGAUCCCUUCCUGGAGUUCUUCAAACAAGGAGUAGAUGGAAAAUGGCAGCUGGUCCACAGAACCGAGGUGGUGAAGAACAACCUGAGUCCCACCUGGAAGAAGUUCUCCGUUCCUCUGCAGACCUUCUGCAGCAGUGACCUGGAAAGGCCCCUCAAGGUGGAUUGUUCCGACCACGACAGCGACGGCUCGCACGAUCUCAUCGGCUCUUUCACCACCAAAGUGUCGGAGCUGCAGAAAGCAUCGGUGGCGUUUGACUGCAUCCACCCUGAGAAACAGAAGAAGAAGAAGAACUACAAGAACUCUGGAGUGGUCUCUGUGAAGAGCUGCAAGCUGGUGACGCAGCACACUUUCCUGGACUACGUGAUGGGCGGCUGCCAGAUCAACUUCACUGUGGGAAUCGACUUCACCGGCUCCAAUGGUGACCCUCGCUCGCCCAACUCUCUGCACCACAUGAGUCCAGAUGGGCUGAACCAGUACGUGUCUGCACUGUGGUCUGUGGGCCAGGUGGUCCAGGACUACGACACCGAUAAACUGUUCCCCGCCUUUGGGUUUGGAGCCAAACUCCCGCCGGACUAUCAGGCCGCGCAUCACGAGUUUGCCCUCAACUUCAACCCCAGCAACCCUUACUGCCAAGGCAUCCAAGGGAUCGUAGAAGCCUACCGCAUGGUUCUCCCUCAGCUCCGACUUUCUGGACCAACAAACUUCUCUCCCAUCAUCAACCAUGUGGCCUCCAUCGCCACCACUGGUGCUCAGACCAACACUGCCUCUCAAUACUUUGUCCUCCUCAUCCUCACCGACGGUGAGAUCACCGACCUGGACCAGACCCGAGAUGCCAUCGUUCGGGCAUCCCGCCUGCCGCUGUCCAUCAUCAUUGUGGGGGUGGGGCCAGCGGACUUCAAGGCCAUGGAGCUCCUGGACGGUGAUGACGGCGUGCUGAGGUCCACGGUGGGCGAGGCGGUUGCCAGAGACAUUGUCCAGUUUGUCCCCUUCAGGAAGUUCAAAGACGCGCCCGUGGCCUCUCUGGCCCAGUCGGUCCUUGCCGAGGUCCCCACCCAGGUGGUCUCCUACUUCAAAAUGAGAGGUCUCCAGCCACUCAAAGCGCCCGCCAAACCAUGAAGGACGCCACAGACCGUGUCACACCUGACUGAGACUUGGACCACGCCCAAUUACACCUGCUCAGCUGGCAGCCAAUCACAAGGCCAGAAGCAACUUUCCCUUUUUUUAUACAGAUUUUUUUAUUUUGCAUCACACAUUUUUUAGAGUACACAUCACUUCUUGAUGAUUUUACUGCCCACAUCACUUCUAAUUUGUAGGUAUUACACACUCAUUUAUAUUAUUAUAUACAUGUAUUACUACAUUACACAUCUAUCAUUAUUAUAUACAUGUACUGAUAUUUGAUAUUACUACAUUACCCUGGUGACUCGUUUACAUGUAUGGCUCGAAUAAUUUUUAUUGAUCAGGGAUUAAGGCUGAGCACUUUGCUCUUUAUAUGCUGGAAAUCUUAAUGAAAAAUAGACACAUAUAUAUAUAUACACACACACAUAUACAGUAUAUAUAUAUAUAUAUAAUAAUAUAUAUAUAUAUAUAUAUAUACAUAUACGUGUAUAUAUGCAUAUUUAUAUAUAUAUGUUUGUAUGCAUAUAUACAUAUAUAUAUAUAUAUAUAUAUAUACAUAUAUAUAUAUAUAUAUGCAUAUACGGUAACUUUAUCAUAGCUUUAUGACAUUGCCUUAUUACUAACGCCAUUAUUGCCUGGAACUUUUCUUGUCGCUAAGCAACCUGCAGUCACAUGUUGGCAGCUGAAAUGUCCACUUUAAGGACUUACUUGUUCAACAGACAUGAAGGUGAUGUCGUUCACCAGGUUCCUUAGCAAAGUGCCUAGAUGGAGUUGUUGGUGCAGUAGAAGCAGCUGUGGGACACAUGCUUCUAGAAUAACGUGCUCCACACCAAAUAACUGCAUCCUCUUCAAGCUGCUAACACACAUAUGCCAAAAUUAGUUUGUAUUAAAGAUGCACUUAAGUACUUCUCAAGUGUGACAUCAUCGUGCCACUUUUGCUUGUUUUAUAGGAGUUUUUUGUCAAACUAAUUGAUGAUGUCAUCAUUAGCCAUGCUUGUUAUCAUUUGGUGUUUUUUUUAAGAGAAAUACAUCAUUGGAGAAAUCUUUGUUAGUUCUGAUAAUGCUUUGCUCCACAUUUCAUUCCAGUAGUCAGGUGCGUCAUGUGACCAUUAACAUCCACUAUGGCCGCCGCUUGUAGAAGUGAAAAUAAAACAAGAGAAAAUACCUCA